AUGACUGCUCCCGCAUCGCGCCGAGCUGUAAAAGCUUUCAGCAUCCCUAACACAAACACUGGGCCUCCGGUCAAAGCAGACAUUGAUCUACCACGACAGCUGAAGGACCAGGUGCUUGUGCUCAAAUACAAGGGGAAAAUCCAUGCCAUUGAUCAUCAAUGCCCACACUCGUCAUUCCCCCUUUCUCAGGGCAGCCUCUUUGAUAUUGAAGACUUCGCAGACUGUGGCAAUUACAAGCUGAAGGUUUGGGAGGUACCGCUGCGUGAUCCACCGGUAUUGACCGUCAACGGUUCUGAGAGCACCGAUAAGGAGUUAUGGGUGAGGCGGAAACAACAAACUGGAGAUGGUGGCGACUUCAUUGAUGCAAAAGUCUGUGCUUAUCAAUUGCAUAUAAGUAAUUCGACCAAGUUGAAAGAAUCCCUGGAGACCUGCGUCCUGUACCCCAUGUUGAGUCUGAAACCCGCGUAUCCAAUUGGCGAGAUAAUGGUGCUUUUUGUGAUGGAUAUCCGCCUGAUCUUUUCACCAUGGAUAGCGGUGAUACGGGUCCAUUGUGGAAAAGGCCGGCGGGUGCUCGCCCCUUUAGCAAACUGGCAGGUACAGUUGACCUCAAAACGCGUGUCUUGA